AUGAACGUUUACGCCGUCAUAACCCUUUCGGGAGACAAAAAGAUUCAGAAAGCGAAAACCGGCGUAGAUCGCUACGGUGGAUCUAACCCUAACUGGAAUCAUGCCGUCAAAUUUUCCGUCAAUGAGAGAUUAGCCGGAGAAGGUCGUCUAACACUCGUCGUGGGAUUGUUCUCCAGUCGACUCCUAGGCAAUAAAGAUAUUGGUGAGGUCGAGGUCCCAUUGGGAUACCUCUUACCGUCAACUAAUGGUAACGGUAAUGGCCAUGAAAUGAAGUUUGUGACGUAUCAGGUGAGAACUCCGUCUGAGAAAAUGAAAGGUUCUUUGACUUUCUCGUACCGGUUCGGUGGGACACCAAUUAUUUCCGGUCCGGCUUACCAACAGGUACCAGCUUCGUGGGCUUCGCCGAGUCAGCAUGGUUAUGGACCGCAUUGUUACAUGCCGCAGCCGCCGCCACCGCCGCAGAAUGAAGAAAUAACGUUGCAGAAAGCUGGUCUUGUUGUUUCAGCACUGUCGUUAUUUCGUGAGUGA